UUUUUUUAAAUCUCUCAAAUUUCACAGGGUUUGUGAGAUAUUCCGAAUUCUUGCCCGAACUGAGACGAGAUCGUUUGUUGCAAUUUUACAUCAAUCAUACCGGAAAUUAUACAGAAAUUUUUUGCUCUGAAGAUUUACUGAGUAAUUUUGAGAUGAGCGUUUACGGCGGCGAUAGCUGGGCGCGGGAGGCACAACACCGGAAGCGAAAAGUCGACGAUUUGAUGAUCGAACGCAUCGAUUCAUCUAUCUAUAGGAAACUUUCCAGCGGCAAGUUUGCCUGUCUCGUUUGCCCUACCAAUCCCGUUCUCGACUCCCCCACCAUGCUCUCUACGCAUGUGAGCGGCUCACGGCAUCAAGCUGCCGAGCAGAGGCGUGAAAACAGAGAAUUAGCUAAGCAAGAAGAAGUUAAGAAACGAUUAGCGUUGUCGGGCUGUGUUAGUGCUAAAGCUCCUGCAAUCAAGCAGUUGAAAUCAACCAGCAAACCCUUGAUUGAGCAAGCUCGAAAGGCUGUAUUGGAUGUAAUUUCUGGCAAAGUUGCUCUGCCGGAGGUGAAACCGACAGUUGCUAAGUUGGGGAGGCCGUGUGCUGGAGAUAAUGGCAGCAAUGCUGAACCCACUGGAGUUGAAGCGAAGCUAGAGGGAGUUGUUAGAGAGGUGCAGCCAUUGAAUUAUCGACUGCGCCUAGAGAGGGAACUCAAGUUCACAGCUGCUGGAUGGAAACGCGAUUGCCAUGGUAGAUGGUUCAAGGAUGAAAAUGUUGAAUUUGAUUCUGAUGAAGAAGACCCGAACAUUGUCUUAAACGAGAGCACUUGAUUUAAGCAAUAUCAUUAUCAGAGUCUAGUUCUAGUAUACGAAAGAUGCAAGGAUUCAGCCUGAGAACCUCUUACAAUGCCGUUACUCCUUUUACCUCACCACAAUGUUGCGCCCUUCGCAUCUACACACCCAUCCAGUGCGUGCUUUUCCAUCACGCACGUCCAUCUUCGUAUCAUGACAAACUUUGUCGUGAUGAGUUGUUGCUGGCAGUCCUCUAUCUUAAUAUUGAGUUUGGCCAUCUAUCUCUUGAGCUAAUCAUGUAGCUUGAGGGAUUCGUAUCAUCAACUAAUAUUGUGAGAAAGAUUUGUUGAAUUGAAGUUUGUAGUGCAAGAUAGAAUUGGGAGGGGUAUGAAAUUCGUUGAUUUAUACUUUUUGUCCAAAGAGGGGAGACUAGGAUUGAAGGUGAAGUCGAUUGUUUCAUAGCUUUCACAAUUUUUUUUUCUUCUUUGAUGCUGACUUAGACAAUUUUAUGCUAUAGAUUCAGUGUAAUAUUUAAUCGUUAUUCUCA